GGGGGGCGUUUUCGUGCGGUUUGCGAAGCGGUGUCUUGCGGUGAAUGCGUGACUGAAGUCCCGCGGCACCCAGUCGUCGUCUCCUCCCUACACCUCCCCCCCGCCAGGGGCCGGAGCUCGCGGCGCCGAGGAGAGCCCUGAGCAGGGUAAUGUGCCAUUUCCCAUCCGAGGGGCAUCUGUCCAUUCGGCAAGCUGCACAACUUGUGAGGCUUAUGGAAUAGGAGUGUGUGCACCUCCCCCACCUGCCUGCUCUGCAUCCCCACUGGAAUCAUUUGUGCCAAAGCUGAAUUGUGUUUAAAGAGGAGAAAUGGGCAGCCCAAGUGAAGAAGUGGGUCUCACAGGACCAUCAGAUCCAGCCCUGGAGCCUCUUUGCUCUGAGUGUGGUCAAAUCCACCGCAGCUGGGAGACCCAUCUUUACAACUACCGCCUGGAAGUGGAUGAUGACCUGGUGUGCCAUAUCUGUCUACAACCUCUAGUACAGCCACUUGACACGCCGUGUGGACACACCUUCUGCGCUCGUUGCCUACGUAGCUUCCUCCAGGAGAGGGACUUCUGCCCGCUGGACAGGGCACGACUCCAGCUGCAGGCAUGUCGCAGAUCCAGCAUCCUCGUUCAUAAGCUGUUGGAUAAGCUGUCCAUUUCCUGCCCUUUAAAUGAUGUCUGCUCCCUCAGCAUGCCUCGCUGUGACCUGGAGGCACACCUCAAAUACAGGUGUGCUGGGAUGCGCUGUCAGCAGACAAGUGUGGACGCUCCACGAGGCGAGAGUGGGGAUGAGCGAGCUACAGUGGGCACUCCUCCCAGGUCACCCCACUCCUUACAGACAGACCUGAGGGACGGUACCUCCUCGCCACCAUUGGCACCCCCCAAUCCUGGCAGUAGUGCACCAGUGUGGACAGAAGAAGUGGGUGUGGACAACCCCGCCUUUGAGGAAAGCACUGAGGAAGACAGUGUGGUGGGUUUGGAGUGCGUGAUCCCCAGGGUGAAGCGGCCCCUCAGUAAUCCCUGCAUCCACCUCCUCCGCUCUGUGAGCUCCAACUCCUCUGGAUGGGACUGCCCAGAGUCUCCACCUCUCUCAGCUGAAGAAGGUUGUGUGAAGUUGCCCUCUCUGCCUGAAGGAGAGAUCACUGCCAUAGAGGUCCAUCGAGCUAACCCAUACAUUGAGCUAGGCAUCAGCAUCGUCGGGGGAAAUGAGACGCCACUUAUUAACAUUGUGAUCCAGGAAGUGUAUCGAGAUGGUGUUAUUGCACGAGAUGGGAGGUUGCUGGCUGGAGAUCAGAUCCUACAGGUGAACAAUGUCGACAUCAGUAACGUCCCGCACAGUUUUGCUCGCUCCACUCUGGCACGGCCCUGCAACUCACUGCAGUUGACCGUGCUAAGGGAACGCCGAUGUGCCUCUCGGGCACCACUGUCCUCAUCCUCCUCCACCCCAGCGGUACCGCAUGCCCCCUGCUCCACUCCCGAGGGUGCCCCAUCCAGUCCUGCCACGCUGAGAAUCACCCUGCAAAAACGCGACUCAGCGGAGCAACUCGGCAUCAAGCUUGUGCGCAGGACAGACGAAUCAGGCGUGUUUGUGUUGGACCUGCUGGAGGGGGGUCUGGCAGCAAAAGAUGGCAGGCUGCGCAGCAAUGAUCGAGUGUUGGCAGUCAACGAUCAGGACCUUUGCCAUGGCACCCCGGAACAGGCUGCACAGAUCAUACAGGCCAGUGGAGACAGAGUCCACCUGCUGAUUGGCCGACCAAGUAAACCAACUCUACCACCACCAAAAUCAAGCUCUACCAGAGACCUCUACUGCCUUGAUCACUUCCUGCCUAACCACAGCUCCACCCCGAGUCCGGUGCCAAUUCAUCUCUCUCGCACCAGCACCCACCGAGACCUCUCACUGUGUGUCACCUGUAAGGAGAAACACAUCACUGUCAAAAAGGAGCCCCACGAAUCUCUGGGCAUGACUGUCGCAGGGGGGCGGGGAAGCAAGAGUGGAGAGCUGCCCAUUUUUGUGACCAGCGUCCAACCGCAUGGCUGCUUAUCGAGGGAUGGGCGAAUCAAACGAGGUGACAUCCUGCUGAGCAUCAACGGACAGGACCUGACGUACCUGAGCCACAGCGAGGCAGUGGGAACCCUGAAGGUCAGCGCGGCGUCGCCCUCAGUCCAGCUGCGGGUGCUGGAGGUUAGCAUGGUGGAGGAGCAUGACCAUGACGAGCUGUUGCCUCACACUCACGACAGCGACUUUGAUGCUAACUGGUCCCCCUCGUGGGUCAUGUGGUUGGGUCUGCCCAGCUACCUGCACAGCAGCCAUGAGAUUGUUCUGCGGAGGAGCCACCCCGGCAGUUGGGGUUUCAGCAUCGUCGGGGGUUACGAGGAAAGCCAUGGUAACCAGGCCUUCUUUAUCAAGACCAUUGUCCUGGGAACACCUGCGUACUAUGACGGGCGCCUCAAGUGCGGUGACAUGAUCAUUGCUGUGAACGGGCUUUCGACAACAGGAAUGAGCCACUCUGCGUUGGUGCCCAUGCUGAAGGAGCAGCGUAGCCGAGUGGCACUGACUGUGGUUUCCUGGCCUGGCAGUCUGAUAUAACCAUGGAUUGAAUCCGUCUAAAAUGAUUUUUGGGGGGGGGGUCACUUUGGCCAAAGCAAACUGGUACCUGCACAACAUUAGGCUUUACUCUGGACUAAAAGCACCAAUAUGGUCAUAGAACCAGGUGGGACAAAUCCAGAUAGUGUGACAUCACCAGAGGGACUGCACAAGCAUCACCGCUGUGUUCACAUGGUCACAUCGUUUUAAGUCUCACAGAAAUAACAGCACUGCAACUGUUUGUAUCUCCACUGGACCGAUUCAGAAUCUAGGCCUGUAUUCAGGUGGAUGCAUUGUUGUGUGGCCAGCCAAGUUUAUUUUUAAAAACAUCUAUUCUGUCAUUUAGGAGGAAUUCUUCAAUGUUUCUUGCAACACCAGCGUUGUAUCCAGCUGAAUAAGGCUCAGGCUUUAUUAGAAACCUGCCACACCCAGAGGGCACACCUGUCCUUCAGCCUCAUCACCACCAUGAGUACCAGUUGUCUAACCAGCUGGAGUUUUAUAUAUGUGUGAAUGUUUGUUUAAUAAACAUUUCCU